CUAAUACCGCCACAUUUUUCUUUCUUCUCCAUUUCCCUUUCUUUCAUUUUCGUCUUCUUUCUUCAACCGUUCCAUGGGUCUCCGCUUCGUCGCCUCCUCAAAACCUCUCCUCCUCUUUCCAGUCUCCUCUCGCCUUCUCCUCCAUUCCCCUUCUCCGUCUUCAGUUCCUCGCUUCAGGCCAAACCCAGAGCCCUUCAGCAGGCUCAAGCUCAGACCUAGGGUUUCUUGCUCUUCCCAUCCCCAAAACAAUGCCGUCGAACGAACCGACUCCGAGGUCGGAACCGAGCGAGAACCGAGCUCAAUCUCGUCGGAUUCGCAAAGCAUCUGGAAGCAGAUGAAGGAGAUCGCUCUCUUCGCGGGGCCCGCCACUGGUCUGUGGAUUUGUGGGCCCCUCAUGAGCCUGAUCGACACCAUGGUCAUUGGCCAAGGCAGCUCUCUGGAGCUCGCUGCAUUGGGUCCGGGGACGGUGUUUUGUGAUAAUUUGAGCUAUAUAUUCAUGUUCUUGUCUAUAGCUACUUCCAACAUGGUUGCUACUUCACUUGCUAGAAAGGAUAAAAAUUUGGCGCAACAUCAGAUAUCAAUGUUGCUGUUUGUUGCAUUUGCUUGUGGCUGUGGAAUGUUUCUAUUUACAAAGUUGUUGGGUGUACGGGUACUAACUGCUUUUACUGGGUCUGAGAAUUUGCACCUUCUUCCUGCCGCUAACACAUACGUUCAGAUUCGUGGGUUUGCAUGGCCAUCAGUUCUCGUUGGCAUGGUUGCUCAAAGUGCUAGUCUAGGCAUGAGGGAUUCAUUGGGGCCAUUGAAGGUUUUAGCGGUUGCGAGCGCUGUAAAUGGGAUUGGUGAUGUACUUCUUUGUUCUGUAUGGGGCUAUGGUAUUGCAGGUGCUGCAUGGGCGACAAUGCUUUCACAAGUUGUUGCGGCUUUUAUGAUGAUGAAAACAUUAAAUGAUACAGGCUUCAGGGCUUUUCAGUUAUCCAUUCCAUCACCCAGGGAACUUCUUGAAAUUGUUGAUCUUGCUGCUCCUGUUUUUCUAACAAUGACAUCAAAGGUGGCAUUUUACUCUCUACUUACCUAUUUUGCAACAUCUAUGGGGACAGUAACUGUUGCUGCCCAUCAGGUUAUGAUUAAUAUCUUCUGCAUGUGUACUGUUUGGGGUGAACCUCUUUCACAAACUGCACAAUCAUUUAUGCCAGAGCUGAUUCAUGGAGUUAAUCGGAGCUUAUUGAAGGCAAGGAUGUUGUUGAAGUCGCUUGUUAUAAUUGGAGCUAUCAGUGGAUUGACCCUAGGAGUUAUUGGAACAUCAUUUCCUUGGUUCUUCCCCUCUCUCUUCACAUCGGACCGCAUGGUUGCUGGAGAGAUGCAUAAAGUGGUGUUUCCAUAUUUUAUUGCAUUGAUGGUGACACCUUCAACACAUAGUCUCGAAGGAACUCUCAUGGCUAGCAGAGAUCUUAGGUUUUUGAGUUUAUCAAUGACUGGUUGCUUUUGCUUCGGUGGGUUUUUACUACUGCUAAUAAGCAAUGGAGGUGGUAGUUUUGCCGGCUGCUGGUGGGCCCUUGCAGUUUUUCAAUGGGCUCGGUUUUCGCUAGCUUUACAGCGGCUAGUCUCUCCUCGUGGGAUUCUUUAUCGCGAUGACUAUCAGCAACAUGAGCUUGUAACUGGAAAAGCCACAUAACAGAUUGGUAUUGCAUUAACUUCUGUUCAAAUGAUGACAUUGGUCUGAUUGUGGGAAGCUUUCAGUUUUACUUCCAAACCUACACAAUACUGGACUCAUCUACUUGGAGUAUUGCUUUCUGUUUAUAUAGUGAUCAAGGAAAGUUUCGCUCUUAAGUAAUUAGGAGGUCGUAGGCUGUAGCUGCUCAAAGAGUUCGAAGAGUUCGAGAGCAGAGAAAAACUGAAGCUUGUCAAGAAGUUAAUCGAUUGAUUAUUCUACACAAUUUAUACAUGUCGAUUCAUACUCCCUCAGAUAAGGGAGGAGGGAAAACUAUACAUGUAGCAUGCUUGUAAUCGUUUUACAUUUUCAAGAAUGUACCCCUAUUAUACGUGUAUAUCAAUCAUUGGAAUCAUUGGAAUAAACUUUACCGGUGAAUACAUGAAAUGUGUUUCCUGUUUCAGAAAUUGAUCA